AUGAGCGCCGUCCGAUGUAUGCUCGACCGAGAACACCCCAGACUAGCGACAAAGGAAGGCGAUUCGAACAUAUACGUCCUGGGUGAGCUCAGUGGCCACGACGUGGUGCUCGCGUGCCUCCCCGGAAGUCAAGGGAAAGGCGCGGCGGCGACGGUAGCCACGAACAUGGCCCGCACCUUUCCUUCUAUCAAGUGGCGGUUCUUCGUCGGUAUUGGCGGAGGGGUUCCCAGCAAAAAGCACGACAUCCGUCUAGGCGACGUCGUGGUGAGCAUGCCCGAGGGUCAAUACGGCGGCGUCGUCCAAUACGAUCUGGGAAGGGAAACGGAGGCUGGCUUCGUGCUGAAGGGGUUUCUCUCGCCGCCGCCUCCUCUCUUGAGGAGUGCUGUCGUGAAGAUGCGGUUGGACCAUUUCCUUAGCGAAAACAAGGCUGAGGAGUUCUUGUCAGCAAUGCUACGGAAGGGACGUCGCUUGUCCGUCUACCAGCGGCCACCCAGCAGUCUUGAUGUUCUGUUCGAAGCGGACUAUUCUCACGACCCCAUAAAAACCACAUGCGAGACAUGCGACGGACAAAAACGUGUUCGCAGGACUCCUCGCGAUUCCGAGGGGCCCGAGAUACACUACGGACUGGUUGCUUCCGGCGAUCGCGUCGUGAGGAGUAUUGUCAAGAGAGACGAGAUCAUUCGCAACCUGGGCGACGUGCUGUGCUUCGAGAUGGAGGCGGCCGGGCUGAUGACCGAGUUCCCCUGUAUCGUCAUUCGCGGCAUCUCUGACUACGCCGACUCUCACAAGAAUGACGACUGGCAGCACUACGCGGCUGCAACUGCCGCUGCGUGCACCAAAGAGCUGCUUACCUAUGUAGACCCGACGGUGGUUCCUGCCGUGUCUGUUAUGUCGGCACCGUCCACAGACGUGGCGAUAAGUCGCGACAAGUCGGUCGCUAGUUUCCACGGCACUGGCAUCCAACAUUCUGGCUCCGGCAAUUUCUCCGUCGGAAAUAAUCUAAACAUUAGGUGA